AUGGUUCAGUCCAAUGUGGACAGUCGCGCCAGAACACGCAGAAUGAAACACUCGGAAGAACAAGCACCACUGGUUGAAUCGUAUCUUAACAGCAACAGCAGCACCAUAUAUCAGGGGAUUGAUGGCCCAGCUGCUUUUCAAGAUGAUGUUCAGAAGAUUGGAAGUCAAGUGCAGAUUCUCACUGUUGGACAGUCUAGCCAUGAUGAAGAUGAUGGAGAGAAAAUGGCAAGUGGCCAACAACAGCAGAGCAAACAAGAUCUUAGAACAGCAAUGCAGAAAAAAGAUCCCCAUGCAAAUACAUCCUGGUCCUCUUCCACCUCCCAAUCCAGUCUUGUCGCCCUGGAUCAUGUUCCUGGCAUUUCAAGCAGCAUGAAUUUUGAUGAGGAAGAGGAUGAGGAAGAUGAAGACAGCUCCAGUUCUUCACAAUUAAACAGUAACACCCGACCUGGUUCUGCCACGAGCAAGAAAUCCAAUAAAGAAGCAGCCUCAGCCCCCAGUCCUUCCACAAAUGAGCCUCUCAUAGAUGUUGAUGACCUGGAGGAAUUUGCCGUAAGACCUGCUCCACAGGGUGUCACUGUCAAGUGCAGAAUCACAAGAGACAAGAAGGGAAUGGACCGAGGGAUGUACCCUACUUAUUACCUCCACUUGGAAAGGGAGCAUGGUAAAAAGGUGUUUCUGUUAGCUGGGAGGAAACGAAAGAAGAGUAAAACCUCUAAUUACCUCAUCUCCAUAGACCCAACUGACCUGUCUCGGGGUGGAGAGAGUUUUAUUGGAAAACUGAGAUCAAAUCUUAUGGGAACUAAGUUUACAGUUUAUGACAAUGGAGUAAAUCCAAUAAAAACAACAUCAUGCCUGGAGGCGACUGUCCUGCGUCAGGAGCUGGCUGCUAUUUGUUAUGAAACAAAUGUCUUGGGGUUUAAGGGACCUCGUAAAAUGAGUGUGAUCAUACCAGGAAUGAAUAUGGACCAUGAAAGAGUUUCCAUCAGACCACGAAAUGAACACGAGACACUUCUUGCAAGAUGGCAGAAUAAAAAUACAGAGAGUGUCAUUGAGCUGCAUAACAAAACUCCAGUCUGGAAUGAUGACACCCAGUCCUAUGUUUUAAAUUUCCAUGGUCGAGUCACACAAGCCUCAGUGAAAAACUUCCAAAUUAUUCACGAUAACGACCCUGACUAUAUAGUGAUGCAGUUUGGCCGGGUGGCUGAGGAUGUGUUCACCAUGGACUACAACUACCCAAUGUGUGCGCUACAAGCCUUUGCUAUUGCCCUUUCAAGUUUUGACAGCAAGCUGGCUUGUGAGUAAAGGGGCAUGGGUGAGCAUCCCCUCAAAGGAAGCAGUUUGCCAUAUGAUUCCCAGUUCCGCUGGUGUCACUUACGGUCCAUGCUAAACAGGUCAGGGAAAAAUGCAGUUGUGGAGGACCACUCUGUUGCUGAAGAGAAAGUGAAUCUUCUAAAAAUUCAGGACAUUCAGGAAAUUAUAUUUUCCUUUUUUCUCUUUUUUUUUUUUUUUUCCUCUGUCAUAUUUUUCUGGAAGUGGCAUCAAGUUUGUGUAAAUAGAAGUUCUAUCUCAUGUCCUUGGUUAUGUUAUGGAGAUGUGCCAUGAUGUACUGCACCGUGGCUCUAGGAGCACCAUUAUAAUGGUGUCUUUUUAACUCCAGAGAGGGCGUGAACGCUCAAAAUACUCCUUUUUAUGUUUAAGAAUUAUUCCAAGGCUGCAGUCAUACCUCAAGGUUGCAUUCCUACAUCGACUAAUCA